ACGGGGAUCGAUCCCAGACCGACCGCGCAUCAGGCGGGUGCUUUAUCACUGGGCUACGUCCCGCCCGUCGAACCAGCAUAACGUCCUUCCGUUGUUAAAGAAAUCACGUGACGCUGAUUAUGAUGUCAUUCAAUUAUUUAUUGAGCAAAAACGAAUAAAUGAUUUGCUUGUUUAAAAAUAUUAAUUACAACAAAAAAGAUGGAGAAAGAAACCAUUUCGUCUGAGUCCGAGUUACACUCGCGCAUAAGCGGUGUGCACAAACUGGUGAAAACCAUGAACAAUAAAACUAGGUAUCCGGAGACUAAUAUUCGCCUGGCGGACAAACAGAAAACGGACGCUAAAGCCAUGUUAAAAGCUGUAACGCAUGGUAUCAGGCAGCUGAAAGGUACAGUUCGGCACCAUCAAGAAGCAGUUUCUACUCCCAGCAUGAACACCAAACAAAACAAAAUGGAAGAAUUCAUGGCAUCCUUUGAGACCCCACCAAUGACAGAAACGGUUUCUAAGGCAACCGCAACAGCAUCAUCGACAUCUGGGAUCAAUAGUCGCUUAACAACGCUGACUGAAAUGGCCAAAUGGUGGCAGGAGAAAGAAUCCCGCCUGUUGAGGGAUCUGGAUGCCAUGGUUGAUCUUCUUGAAGAUCUCAGCCACUCUGUGGCCUUUGCGUCCGCCUUGGACAGGUUGGUCCUCUGUCUGUCUGUCUUUUUGUUCCCGGGGAGAGGGAUCUAGCUGAGGCGAUAAAGCUCUAACCUGUGGUGCUUUGGUCACAGGACUGAACCUCCGCUAUGAACCCAUUUUCUGUGAUUUUUCUUCUCCCUCACUCUCUUGCUCCCAUCUUUCUCCUUCUAGUUCUCUCUCUCUCUCUCUCUCUCUAUAUAUAUAUAUAUCCAUCCAAUUAUCCUCCCUCUCUCAGCUUUCUCCAUCUAGUUCUC